AUGGAUCUCAAGAUUGAACGGACAAUGGAAUCGCUGGAUGUGAUGCGGAUCAUCAAUGCACAGAACUACCGUGGGUGUGAUGAUCAGCCGCACAAGGACUGCUAUCGACUUUGUCGAGUUGUUGCCAGCAUCCCUGAAGAUUUGCCGCCCAGCGUGGUUUGGAUUCAGCAGGUCAACAAUGACAAGGCUGACCAUGUGGUUGUGGAGAUCGAUUCAGUGAAAUUGAACAAUCUCAUGAUCAGAGGUGGCGGUGGCAACUGGUGGGAUAAGGCAGGACCGAGUAUUGAGGUCUUCAUGCGCAACAGCACUACAAUGGGUUGGAUGUACAUUACUUUGGCCAAAGGUCAGGCAAUGCUGCAGGAUACCCAACACGCUUCCACUGCAGACGUGAGGUCCGAUGGAAGUGUGACAAUGCGGGAAGUACGUCACACCGGACCAAUCCUGCUGAACUGGCGACAGCCAAACAACCAGGCUUGCAUGGUGGCAGAUUCAAACGAGUUGGUUCUUCCAGAUGAGAAUGGCGAGUUCAACUUGUGCGAUUCACUGUAUCACAAGAGCAAUUUUCAGACCUUCUACGAUACCAGCAAAGACUUCUUUUUGGACCGGGCAGAGUUUGGUGCUGCACUUGUGGGGAUGCCGUACUGCUGCGGAGGCUCUUGUCCACACUCCUCUUGGUGUGAUGGCACGCUCUACAAAGUCUUUGAUUUCGGCAGCUCGACGGGCGCUUCUUUUGCCAACAGGGCAGAGGUACUCAGCGCCAACACGGUGUUUGACAAGCUCAAGUCCCUAGGGUGGGCUGGGAUGAUACCCUACUGCUUCCGCGAAGCGAAGCUCAUGCAACCUACAAAUCGUGUGCGAUUGGUCGAGGGCUGGCCAUCCUUCGUCCCCUGGGCGGGCGACGCCACAGCACCAAGUCCCUCUCCUUUUGCAGCUUGCAUUCGACACGCUCAGUGCACGACUGGCUAUUGCGACAAUGAGACGUCACAAUGUGCGCCACAUCCCGAUGUGACCUUUCAGGUUGUGUCAGGUAAUUGGACAAGUUGUGACAAGCCAUGUGGCGGAGGACAACAAACUCGAGAGAUGGUAUGCUUGGGCUCUGAUGGUCUGAAGUACCCUUCGUAUUUGUGCCCAGGCUGGCUCUCCAGCGUAGAGGUGCAAAGCUGCAACACAAUGGCCUGCAAUUUGCCAGAUGCAGUAACCAACUACAGCUUUGGUUUGGACAUGGACUUACGGCCUGAUUGGAUAGAUAUCACUGCAACUGGGACGCUUCCCAGCGGUGCCACUGCCUUGCAGAUUCGUCUUGGAAGUUCCACAGGCGCCAUGCUGGAGAGCAUAAUCGACGACGUUCUCGAGAACGAGUGUGUUCUCACUAUUUGCACGCUGAGGGCGCAAGCACAGGUCCCCGCUUAUGUGGAUCGCUUGAUGUUGGUGGCUAAAAACUCAGAUGGCCUUAGCCAGCCGGUGGAGAAGCUUUUCAUCGACCGCGUGGGUCAAACGGGCAGCUUCCAAAAGUUCACCGUGCAAAGCGAAGCGGGGAUGGUGCAUUUCAGCGUUGCUGGUGCUUCGUCAUCCAGCGGCACUUGGGCGCCAGCUGAUCGACUGCCGGGCAUUCGCAUGCAUUUGCCAGAUGCCAGGCGGAUGAUGCGAACUGUUGGUCCACGCUUCGGUGAUCCAGAGUCGACCGAUCAUGGCGUGGUGGUCAUCGAUACUGUUGCUGUCCCGGGUAUCCCAGCCACGCGCUGGGUAUAUGCAACUCGACCUGUUUUUCUCUCCAUGGACCCAGCGAUCCUUACAUUCCUCUCUGCAGGGAUUUUGAAGCCUGAGAUUUUGACCUUUCGAGUUUCUUAUCUUGAUAUGUCAUGCUCGGCCAGCAUUGUCAAUUCAAUUGCAGAGCAUCCUUCAUCAGAGGAUUAUUUGAAACCGGCUCUGCAAGUGCGUUUUGCUUCGAUGUAUGACCAGAUGCAACGUUCCUUGCGAUCGGACGGAUUGGCCAGCAGGCAAAAGCUCCGAGGUGAACUCGUCCUAUUGGAUCCAGACCACAGGGUCAAGCCAGAUGCGUCGAAGUACUGGGAGUUUUACGAAGGAGCGAAUGGUGAUACAUUGAUGAGACCACGUGAAGUUCACGCAUUGGAUCAGCUGCAGGAUGCCGCGACGGGCUUGAGCUUGGCAUGCGGUGGGCUUGCCAGCUGUUUGUUCACCUUUGUUUUCUUCAAGCUGGCACGCAAGGGCAUUCGAGCCCGGAACAUGGAGAAAAGAGCUCAGCAGACCCUCCUGAAGCAGAAACUUGGGGAGAUCAAGGACAAAGAAGAGAACAAGCUGGAUGAGCAAAUCCAUGCCGCAGAAGGCAACCCAUUUCUCCAACCAUUGCUAUUGAUUGACUUGCUGGUGUUGGAGCCGAUCUUGAGCAAGAUUCUGAACAGCCUGGCACGCUUUGGCCAUGAAUAUCUCGUCGUGUCACAUCCACAUUAUCAAAAAAGUGCAAAGUCGCAAGUGGUGCCUGUGGAGCCGGUCAAGGAUAUGCCAGUGGAGAAGUCUCCGAAAUCAGACACAAGGAUCGUGGUCACUCCAAGCCAAGAGGAACGCCGACCUUUUGUCUACAUGCGCCACUUUCGUGCCACCUACACCCAAUACUGCAUCAAGCAUGGCCUGGAACCGAUCCAGUCCCGCGAUGAGAUCAUUAGGUUCUUGAUCGACAAGUACAACGUGCGAUCCACCCGAGAGACCGUUUGGCGGAUUAGAGGUGCUAUCCGAUUAAAGUCUCGCUUUUGA